CUGAAGGAUCAUUCAACAAGGAAAAUGUUCCAUCUUGUUAUGACUGAAGAAUGAAAACAACAUCAACAUGUUAAUGCAGCACAAGAGAGCAUCAACAUGCAGUUAUAGCACUUUUGAACCUCAGCAUUAGAUGAUGACAGAAACUCCAUCAUUAGUAGUAUCAUAUAGUUCAUAUCAUGCAAUUUUUCAACAGAUCCAGAACACUGACAAGAACUUUUUUUAAAGAUAGAAACACUGCCUCUGUAGCUCUGCUAUAAUCCUUCUGUUUCACAGGUUGGAUCAGCACUUUUGACUUGGCUUCAUGUUCCAGGUUGAAGAGUCUCAGUGCGCCUUCAUCAAUGAGUUCUGCCAGUGAGAACCCAGAAUGCUCCAGUUUCUACAGGACCUGGAGGAGAGCGCUGUUCAACUCGACAAGAUGAAGAAGGGCGCAAAGAUCUCCAGUGUUGCAGGCAGCUCAGUCAGUGCAGUCGGUGGCGUGCUUUCCAUUGUUGGUUUGGCGUUGAUUCCUUUCACAGCAGGAGUGUCGUUGGCUUUGACAAUGACUGGGGUUGGGUUGGGUGUUACUAGUGCUGUUAAUGGUGCUGUAACCACAGUCACAGAGAUCGGAGUCAAUCGUAAGCAAACAAAAAAAUCUAAUGGGGUCUUUGAGAGUUUCAUGGAGGAUGUACAGGCUCUCCAGAGGUGCCUGGAGGAGGUGUACACUGAAGCUGAAAAAAGAAUGGAAGAAAGUCCGAUCGGACCAGUGGCUGUGGGAGUAGCAAAGGUAGCGGCUAACACUGGUACUAUUGGAAGAGGCAUUGAUUUACUUGUUGAUGCUGCCUGUGCAGCUAAAGUCCUCAAAAAUGCAGCCAUGGUCAGGGUAAUGCCAUCCAGUAUUGCACUUAAUGUUUUCUUCCUUGGCAUGGAUGUCUUCUUUAUUUGCAAAGACAGCAUCAGCUUGGCCAAAGGCAUUGAGAGCGAAGUGUCCCAGUUCAUCCGAGCCAGAUCUGCACUUUGGCGUUCCGAGAUGGACUCAUAAAAGAUCCAUGCUUCCCUGUGCCAGUGUCUGCUGACGUCAGAGAGGAACAAAGCUAUACUGGAGAUGCCAUUUUAUCCCAAAUGGAAGAAAAAGAAUCCCAGAGAAACAAAAGUAAAAUUUCCAGACAAUAAUGUGGAUGAAACGAAUGAAAAAAAUGAGUCGUGUGUUGUUCAGUAGUUGUUAAUGUCCACUUUUGUGUUUGAGGUAAUCCUCAUUCUCUCGAUUCAGGUCCU